AUGUGCCAGCACGAGCAGUAUCGGCGCAAGGCAACCUUUGAAGCCGCGAAUGGCUCAUCAUCGGCAUCUCCACAGCGCAAGACACGGCAUGACAUGAUGAUACCGGUAAGCACAGCAAUCCAUGCCUCGGGCCCAGAUCCUCUGUGUCAUCAUAUCAAUGCACCCUCGCACCCACGGCUGCCAAGGCUUCCACGGCUGAUCACAAUCAUGCAUGCAAGUAGAGGCGAGCCUCAUCUGUUCUGGAUGUCUGAUCCUUCUCGACCCAGAAACUACCACAGACGGGCCACUUCCUACAGGCAGGGAAAUGUCGUCCCUGCAGCCCAGCAGAAUGACGAGGAAAGGGUUCACGUCAACUCACAUUGCUGCCCAAACGAUGUUGAUCAUGGCCUGCUCAAAUGGACAAUCAUACAACAAGAGGUGUCAGGCGUGAACUACUGUAUAUCUGCACGAACACGAUCCGACGAAUUCAGGAUCGGCAACGUGACGGGACAGUGCACCGCACCGCACCGCACCAUCGGUAAGAAAAAGACAACUCAGCCCAUCUGCAGCCAGACGAGAACGCCAUCGAAUCCUACAGAAAUGCGUUAUGAUCGAACUCAAUCUCAUGCCUGUCAUACACGAACGAUUGGGUCAAAUUUUCUGACUCGCUCCACGCCACGCCUCCCUCUAUUGAACAAACAUACCAUACAUAUUUUCUCUCACCCACACGGAGGCACAUAUAUCCCGACUGUGUUGCAUGUGUCGUAUUUGCCUGCGCUUCGAAAAUGCAACACGAGAAUCCUUCUAGAGUCUAGACCUUACCUGACUUACAUAUGUACAUCGAUAAAAGUAGUGUAUGUAUCACACCUAUACCUACCUUACUGUACCACAACCUUUCUAUCGCACAAUAUGUAUUAUAUACGCAUCACUACUCCAAAAGCGGAUCAACCCCUAUAG